CUCAACCUUUCAAAGCCCUUCAGCCUCAUCGCCUCCUGCACUGCACUGCCUAAAGCCUCCGCGCGUCGCCCCUCAGCAGAUCCUUCCUUCCUUCUCUCCCUCCAGUCUUCCGUCCUUCCCUCCCCUCGCUCCCUCGAGGUGCCGUUGUCUUGCACAACCAUAUCCAGGUCUGCGACCGCCCUCAGUAGUACACAAUAUUUACGCGCACUUGCCCUUCGCCUCCGACUCCGACUCCUACACCGCAGCAUCUGUCACUCCCGCUGCCGCGGCUGGUAUCCCUCGCCUUGGGUCUGUCACCUAGCCAGGGCUCUCACCGCUCGCUCUCGUCUCGUUUCGUAUCGUCUCGCCUUCCCCCUCCCUCCCCCCUUCGCUCUUGGUGCCAGCUGCUCGAGGUCUCCCUCGCGGCAGCUCUGUGUCUAGUCCUCUCUUUCCGCGCAGUAGUUGGUGCUUGGAGAGGCUAUACUGCCCGUGAAUCGUGCACCGCACUUCCAGUUCUGCAGAUUUCGCUUCCAACUGCUGAUCGCCCCGAGUCUUUGUCAAUGCAAUUCGCGGAAAACAGGGUUACCUUCAGCGACGCACCGCCUCUGGGAAAUACGUCGCGUUCGUGCCUUCCGUGACCCCGCGAGGCCGAGGGCAGUGUGAAGGGUGAAGAGGGAAGAGAAUUUGCGCGCGAGAGCUCCUCAUGUCUCGAUACCCGCCAGCGACGCUGAGUUUUUGUAUUUCGUGCCAUCAUCUCCUAUAAAACAGGUUGGACGGGUGUGAAUUGCGAAAUUGAGACAAGCGAGGUUCCAGGCGCCUCACGCGAGGAGGGUCAGCGGCGCGCGUGAAGUUCAAGCUUCGAGCUGGGCAGGCUAAUCAUGUUGCAAGCCCCAUGCUAUCCCUCGCCGCUCGUUUAUGGACAGAGUCACUAUAAGAAGUUCUGGCUUCGACAAACUGAAACCGAGGACGAGACAGCGGUCGCGCCACAGCAUGUAGCAAACUGUUCUCAGAAAUUUUCCACGUUGUCUUCCAGUUUCAGUGCAAUGGCUGGUGCACCAUCUCAGACUCAGAACCAGGCGGGUUCUUCAAAGGCAGGGACACCCGCCCCGAGUGCGAAUGCCAGCCUCGCGGCCUGUGCGAAGUCUUACAAUGAUCCCCGGGCCUUGGCUUUAGCUCUCGAGCCAAGUCGGAGCACGAACAAGGUUGUGUCGGAAUAUGAUCUCAAUCAGUACGAGGACAGUUCGGAACCUGGGGCUGUUGACUGUACGCUUUCUUUAGGAACAGUGAAGCGGGAGAGGGCGGAAGCCGCGGUUCCUACAGGAGUCUCUCGUUCGGGCUCACCGGCGUUUGGCGAGGUCGCCCACCCUUACUACAACCCACAGGCCGCCUGGGGCGCAGGAUGUCCGUCGGAGCCACAAAUUCUAUUCAACAAUCGCAAUUUCCCGUCUGACUGCACCCGAGACCUCUACCCCCAGACGACGGUCCCUGCCCGCCAGAGUCGAUUGGCUUCUGGAAGCCAAAAUCAUCUGUAUGCCGGUUCCGUAGGAUCGACGAUCGAAGGCACCAAAAUUUCAGGUUUUCCACGACCUAAAAAGUCCCCACUCUUUGUGGGCGUGGAGAAGGGUGGUGCUGCUGUACUUACAGCUGAAAAUUGCGCCCAGGACUCUUACCGGAACCUAGCUCCUUCGGCAAUCGGUUUCUGUCGCACGACCUCAUGGAUACCUUCACUGGCCAGUCCCGAAGCGGGAACUUUGGAAGCGAACAAGUACUGUGAGGCCCCUUCAGCCUUCAACACCGGAGCUAUUGCCUCGCCUAUCAGCGGUCAGUCCGUCAAUGGAGAGGAUGGUCGUUUCCCUCAAAGGUCCACCCUUCUGGACCUGGGAGGAAACGGAGCUACUUCUUCGAAAAACACUCCUCGGAUGUGUGCCCAUUGCAGCACGACGAAAACGCCGCUCUGGAGAAACGGACCCGAUGGCCCGAAGUCUCUGUGCAAUGCGUGUGGCAUACGGCACAAGAAGCUAGGAAAAAAGAAUCCUAGCAACGGCAGCUCCUCCGAGCCUGGAUCGUCUCUUCCCGCCAGUCCCCAGUCUGUGAAGUUCAGCCCUUCCAAGGCGCUGAAGAGAAAAAAGAACGCGCAACCGAUGCUCGGAAUUUCGAAGCAGAGCUGGGCCCCGGAGGAAGGAGCAAGGCGCAAUAUUCAAGUUGAACCGUCGGCGCAGCCGUGGAAAAGAAAUAGGUCUUCGGCGACGAGACUCGAGUUGACUGAAAGCAUGCGCGUCGACACUACGACCACCGAGACAAGUGGUAGCGAGGCGGACGAGAACGAAACCGGAGGCAGCAGCGGGAACAGCUGCCUCACCUGGCAGCACCAGCUCUUGAACAACGUGAUCACUGAGGUUCCAUCCUCAUCUUCAGUGUUUCCAGUCGUGGAUCCAUCAGAGCGAUCGGUCGACGAUUUCAUGAAAACUUCUGACGCCGCUCCUACGACCUCGGAGAGCCAGCAAAAGAGGGACAGUUCAAGAGCACCUGUGGUCAACGCGGAAGACACAGGGUCAAUAAAUGCUGAAGAGGCGGCGAUGUGUUUGAUGAAGAUGUCGAGUGGUUUCGGCUCUCACGGCUUCGCCCCAAGGCUCAUGUGAGCCAAGCGAUGAAGAAGCUCCCUGAGAUCGAGCCACUAGCGUCACGACAUAUUGUCGAUGAUCGCAGUGUGACGCAUGGAUUCUCUCUCUGAGAUGAAUAGGCAUCGAGACUUUUUGUCGACGAUCGCCAUGUGAUCCAUGAGUCUUUUCUCUUCGGAAUUCCUGACAUUGGGAUUCGGACAGUGCCCUCAGAGCACGCCUGUCGCGAGAUGUCUUUGUCCAGCCUCGAAUCGUAUUCUACUCUGAUUCGUUUAAAAUUAUUGGGACUGCCUGAUAGAAUUCUGCCUUACCUUCGAAUGGCUUUGAUCAAUAUUCCGAUUAGAUAGAUGCGAUAGCUUUGUCGUAUGUACAUAUGCGUGUGUGAGUUUGAGCUUCAUCACAUGGGCAGAUCAACUAGGUCAAGUAGCUCUAAAUAGUCGCAGAAAGUUGAGUUCGAGGUAGCGAGGUGAUUCACAAGAAGUGGCAAAGUGCAUAAGUUGCACCAUGGGACGAAGCCAGCCACAGCUGCGCCUUGGGUACAAAGUAUACCCCUUCUUCCUCUAGUGAGGGUUAGCUAGCUAGCGCACAAUAAAACCUGCCCAUUUGACCUUCUUAAAAUGACGGCUGAAAAGACGAGAAGUGUCUGCCGGGUAGCACAUUGAGUAGAAUCGUAGUAGUAGUGAGUUGAUCCAAAGCACGGUUUAACAAUUGAAGCCUUUGUUCUCUUGAGUCCAUGUCUUGAAGUAAAGAUUGUGAUAUUUUGAC